UGAAAUCAGGCCAAGCUUGUUGGCUUAGGCUCUGUGGUGUAGAAUUGAUGAAGAGGUUCAAAGAAAUCCUUUCUCAUCCACAUCCACAUCUCUCUCUCUCUCUCUCUCUAAAUAUCUCUUCUUCUCUUUCUAUCUCCUACAAACUAUAGAGCUAGGCUUUUCUGUUUUCUCAUAUAGAAAUUGAAAAUAUAUAUAUAUAUAUAUAGGUUUUUCAAUAUAUAUACUUGUUAGAUUUCAUGGUCAUGGUGGUCUAAGAUAAGGUUGUUGAUUUUGUUGUUGGGAUAAUAAUGGCUACAAUACAAGGUUGUUUAGAGUUGUGUUGAGUAGUAGUGAAGCAAACAAAAUCUCCAAGAACACUACUUCUAGCUACUUGGAAUCUCAACUUGAAAAAAAAAAUGGAAGCUAAGAAUUUGAUGAUGAUGAUGAUGAUGAUAUAGACAUAUAUAUACACACACAUACCAAGCUUUUAAUUAGGGUUUGCAACACAACUCAUGUAUAAUUGAAUGAUAUUCUCUCAUGCAUAGUGUUUUUGAUCUGAUUUUUAACACUAUACAUAACAAGUAAUAAGAUCAAACUAAUACCAAAAAAAGAAAUUGAGAGAGAGAAAAAAAUGAUCAAGGGUUUGAUGGUAGAUGAUAACAUGUCCAAUUUGACUUUUGCAUCAUCUGGUGAAAUUUUAAGUGCUUCUUCUUCAAGUACAAGAAAUGACCAAUCUUUAGGCACUUCCAUGUACCCUCAAAACUCCUCUGCUUCAACAAAUCAAGAACUACCACCACCACCAAACAAGAAGAAACGAAAUCUUCCCGGAAAUCCAGACCCAGAAGCUGAAGUUGUAGCUUUAUCUCCAAAAACCCUACUGACAACCAAUAGAUUCAUAUGUGAGAUCUGUAACAAAGGGUUUCAGAGAGACCAGAAUCUUCAGCUCCACAGAAGAGGGCAUAAUCUACCAUGGAAGCUAAAGCAAAGAUCAAGCAAAGAUGUGAUAAAGAAGAAGGUUUAUGUUUGUCCAGAGCCCUCGUGCGUUCACCAUGACCCAUCUAGGGCUCUUGGAGAUCUCACUGGUAUUAAGAAGCACUUUUUCAGAAAGCAUGGUGAGAAGAAGUGGAAGUGUGAGAAGUGCUCUAAGCGUUAUGCUGUUCAAUCAGAUUGGAAAGCUCAUUCCAAGAUCUGUGGCACUAGAGAGUACAGAUGUGACUGUGGAACACUUUUUUCCAGAAGGGACAGUUUUAUAACCCAUAGAGCCUUUUGUGAUGCUUUAGCUCAAGAGAGUAGCAGUACAAGUACUGCUGCACCCAGAGCCAUGACAGCUAUUACCAACCAACCACCACUCCUUCACCAUCAUCAUCAUCAGCAACCCUUCCACCACCAUCCCCACGGCGGCGCCGCCAUCAAAAGAGAACUCCAAGACGCCAUACCACCGUGGUUGGCUUUUCCUCCUCCGCCGCAGCCGCAGCCUCAACAACACCAACAACAACAACAACAACCCUUUAUGUUCUCUUCUUCUACCACCAAUUCUUCACUACUUCUCAACAUGCAACUACCACCGCCGCCGCCGCAGCAGCCGCCGCCGCCGCCGCCUUCUUCAUCAUCUGCUUUCGCCUCUGCCACUGCUUUACUACAAAAGGCGGCUCAAAUGGGCUCCACCAUGAGCAGCAGCAGCCGUAGUAGUGGUACUCCGGCGGCGGCGGCGGCUUCGUUUCUCAAGGCCCAUAAUCAGGCCCACCUACCUCACCAUCAUAAUCAUGAUCAGUACUUGUUGUCUUCCACUACUUCUGCUACUCAUCAUGAUGACCAUGAUGAUGAGUUUAGGUUUGGGAACGAUUAUGAUGACAUGAUGAGCUCUCUCUCUGCGGCUGUAGCUCCUCCUCCGCCUCCACCGCCGCCGGGGAGCGGUGGUGGUGGUGGUAGUGAUGGGUUGACUAGAGACUUCUUGGGGUUGAGGAAAUUCUCGCAUAGAGAUAUUUUCGAUAUAGUUGGACUUGAUCAUCAUAUAAACUCCUCAUCAUCAUCAUCAGCUUAUGGAACAGAUCAUCAUCAUCAUCAUCUUCAUCAGAAAAAUGAUCAACCUUGGCAAGGUUAAUAACUGUUAUAUAUAUAUAUAUAAUGUUUAUUAUUGAUCGACGACUGUCAUCGUUUUCUCUUAACUAUAUAUAUAUAUAUAUAUAUAUUCAUUUUUAGAUGAUUAUGUGGAUACUGAUCAAUCCUUAGACAAGCUAAAGGUCGAUUAUGUAUACUAUAUAUGUUUUGGCUCUUUUUAUAUUAUUAUUAAAGUACUAUAUAUAUAGGUUUCGAUA